AGCCAGUUUGGCUCCAGGCCCGCCCCACGGUCUGGUCGGAGCGCCCUGCAGGAGAGGCCUCCAGGCAGUGGCGGUGCGUGCUUGUUUGGGUCCCCUGGAUACCGGCACGGAUGGCGGACAAUGGCGUUUGCGACAGUGGCACCUGCCCGAGAGCCGAGCUGCCGGAGUACUGCGUCACGGAAGACAACUCGCUGCCGACGGGCUUGUGCUACGUGGAGGAUUUUCUCUCGUGGUCCGCAGGACCGGCCCGGGAGCUGCUGCUCAACCGUUUUGCUCUGCUUGUUAGUUUCAUAAUGAUCUUGCAGUUCCACUUGAUGCCCUUGCUCGCAUAUUGGUGUGAAAAAUACAAGUUCACCGUCGGAGCGAAGGUUAUCAGGGCUGCUUUCGGGCAUUCUAGAAAAUCGAACUUCCUUCGCAGCCUCGGCCGGCAUAUUUACAUCUUGAACAUCUACUACAGUGGGGCAUUUGAGGCCAUGGAGGCAGCCGUGUUCGGCUCGCACGAACAUCAGCCCUUCAUCGAGUCACUCCUCUUCGCGUUCUUCGAAUCUCUUUUCGUUAAUCAGUUUUUCCGCUACCUGCAGAAGAACCGAUAUGAUUACGAAUUUCAGGAAGCCAAGGCGAUGCAUAAGAAUUUGAGGGAAAUAAUCGUCACCAAGUUUGCGGACUACUCCGUCCCAUGGGGCUUCUCGACAAUACUUUUUAUCGCGCAGUUCAUGCUGUUCUCUGUAUUCAUAUUGGACAUGAACGGCGAUGAGAACACGCACUGUAGAUGCAAGAUGAAUAUCUACCAUUGGUUUGCUGCGGUGCUCGUCACGAACGUCUCCGGUCAUGACGAGAGCGGUGGGACCUUCAAGCAAUCAGCAUGGCAUUUCUUGUGGACAUCUGAGAGUAACCAAUUCAAAGUGAAAGAUUAUCCUGUAGAAGGUUGGAGCCGCUGGUUCUAUGAUAGCACCAUCAACGCUUUUUGUCGUGAAGUUCUCCUCUGCCUCGCACCAGUAGCUCUUUCUGUCUCCGAUCGUAACGAUCUCGUGAAGGAUUGCCUGGCCAUCUUCUUCAUCUCGAGGAUGGACGACAUCGAGCCCAGGACGAUUGAAAACUCCCUCAAGGACUGGAGCGAGCAGCGCAUGCUCCUUCGGUCGAGUGGGUUCGACCAGACCACAGAAGUCGAAGAGGGCCUUGGCCAAACAAGUCAGGCGGAGGCCGCCUCUGGCCCUGAAGGUCAAGAAGCACUCUUGGGAGAGUAGGCCGCUUGGGGGCCGAAUUCGACGACCGAACCCAGCCAGCUUGAAGACAAGCUCAAGCUUCUGUGCUGGAAGGUCAGCUUGGCGGCUGCGAGGGAAGGCCCUCUCGGCGGCGGCCGCCGUCUUGUGCUGCGUGCCGCACCCGUGGGGCCCACCCUCCGGAAGAUCCAGGGCUCGCGCGCGCGCUUGCGCCCCGUCGCGGCUUGCAGGAGCGUGUGGAGCGCUCGGGCACGGGCCUGCCUGGAUCCUUCCAUGGUCUUCCGGCUACGGCGUGCUUGCACUUCCGUCGAACCGGUUGAAGCAACUCCGGCGCCGCCCCACCCGCCAGCUCGUGCUCCGAGCAGGACCCCGCUGGCGCUGCCGUGGCGUCAUCCGCUGUGAACGCCGCGUCGGCCGUGCCCGUCUAGCUUGCGGCUGUGCCUUGGCAUCGCUCGGACGUGUGCAUGUUUCCUUCGGCGGAGGACCAUCGAGGAGCAUCCUUGAUCUCAGAGCGUGAAUUACCUCCCCCGCUUUCGCUUCCAGGCAAAACCAAGUCAUACCACGCGCCUUCUCGUCAAGCGGCCUGACCAGUACAGGCCGUGGUUGGGCAUCGCUUGGUAUCUCUUGGAAGCGAGGGUGGUCAAAAGCGAGGUAGGUUUGUUUUGCCCC